CAAGGGGCGAAGAAGAGCGGAGGGGCCACCGAAGCCAGAGCGCCUUCGGGAUUCCGAAGCUCCUUGCUACGAUGCAAGGAACUUUCGAGGAACCGGUGCUCGAGUCGAUGCUCCGUCCGCGCGAUGACCUCCUGGGUGGCACCCUCCUCAAUGGUAGCGCGGGUACGUUGAUCGCGACGACCUGGCCGACGUACUACGACCAGCUGCUCGAGCUCGCGGGCAACGCGACAUCUAACGCGAGCCUCCUCGACCCCGACGACCAGAACUCCAACAAAUUCAUUCUGCCCUGGUGGCGGCAGAUCAUCUGGACGGUCUUGUUCGCCGGCAUGAUCGCCGUAGCAACCGGCGGCAACCUCAUCGUCAUCUGGAUCGUGCUUGCGCACAAGCGUAUGCGCACCGUGACCAACUAUUUCCUCGUCAACCUGAGCAUCGCCGACGCAAUGGUCUCGACGCUCAACGUCAUAUUCAACUACACCUACAUGCUCAACAGCCACUGGCCAUUCGGCAAUCUCUACUGCAAGAUCAGCCAGUUCAUAGCUGUUAUCACAAUAUGCGCCAGCGUCUUCACGCUCAUGGCUAUAUCCAUCGACAGAUACAUGGCGAUCGUGAAUCCCCUGAGGCCUCGGAUGGGCAAGAGGACGACCCUUUGCAUAGCUCUAGCCAUUUGGGCGGUGGGCGCGGUCCUAUCGCUGCCGAUGCUGCUCUUUUUCACGACGUUCACGCAAAACUUUACUAACGGUGAGGUGAGGGUCAUCUGCUACGCGAGCUGGCCGGAUCAGGACAACAAAGGCCAGAGCUACGACGAGUAUUUGUACAAUGUGGUGUUCAUGAUACUAACGUACUUCCUACCAAUUGGCUCGAUGACCUUCACGUACGCGCGAAUCGGCCUCGAACUUUGGGGCUCGCAGAGCAUCGGCGAGGCGACGCAGCGACAACUUGAUAACAUACGCAACAAAAGAAGGGUCGUGAAAAUGAUGAUGGUCGUAGUGAUGAUAUUCGCCGUGUGUUGGUUACCCUUUCACGUGUACUUCAUCGUGACAUCGUACUUGCCCGAUCUGACAAACGAGCCGUACAUCCAGGAGCUAUAUCUCGCAAUUUAUUGGCUCGCCAUGUCCAACAGCAUGUACAAUCCGAUCAUUUAUUGUUGGAUGAAUUCCAGAUUCCGACGAGGUUUCGCCCAAUUCUUCUCGUGGUGUCCAUGGAUACGGAUAGGCCACGAGCCAGCACUUUCGCGUUCCGAAGCCGUAACCUCCCGAUAUAGCUGCGCUGGUAGCCCGGAAGUGCGCUCCAGGACAUCGCGCAAUGGAACAAUGCGGCUGCCGCUUCACCUCCAGGCAACAACCGCCGAGACGACGACGACGCUGGCGACGUCGCGCCGUGGCAGCUACGCGGACAAUCCCAGUGGAACCCUGGAGAACGGAGGCGCGAGGCGUGGUUACGGUGGCGCCGGUACCCAGUAUAAUCGGGAGCAUCUGGAUUACCGGCAGCGGCUGCCCUAUACCGCCAGGUUCCAGAAGCUCGAGUCCCAGUUGGACCUAGGCUCUUGACCGUUCGCCGAGGCCGACGGCGACGAGGCCGCCAAGUUGCGCCUCGACACCUGGUUAUAAGAGACCGAGGCACGUCAGCCCUUAACUAUACGUAUAUCGCGUGCAAAGCCCUUUCAAUAAUUAUCAAACGCACCUGCUAUUUCGUAUCCUACGUGGCAAAAGAAGAAGAAUAUAAUAUAUAUAUAUAUAUA